AUGUCUGGACGCGGCGGCGCAGGGAACAUCAUCCGCGCACAGGAGCAGAGCAAGAAGACCGUCGAGGACGUAGAAGCUCAGCGCAUUCCCUCCACAACCGCCGACGCUGCUCCUCCAUCCACCACGGCAGCUCAAUCCUACGCCCAUACUGGCCGCGGCGGCGCAGGCAACUGGUACCAGCCCGAGCGGCUCGCGAAGGAAGGCACGUUCUCGACGCCCUCGGAUUCCACCGCGCUGCCGACGACCGCAAAGCCGAACGUGUCUACGCCGUGGCAUCCUGAGAAUCAGCAGAUGCCUGUUGGGCGGGCGGGACGCGGUGGGGCGGGGAACUUCGUGUGGAAGGACGAGGAGGAGGAGAAGAAGACGAAAGAAGACAAGGAGAAGCUGGGUGAGAAAGUGAGUGAGAGCGUGGAGAGAGAUGUUGAAGCGGUGUUGGCGAAGCCACCUGGGGCGCUGUUGGGUGGUGUGAAGGCGGGGAGGGGUGGUAGGUAG